AUGUCUUCCGAUCUCCUUGCAGAAUUCGAUAGCUUCUACAGAGCUCCUCAAGACUCCUCCUCGAACCCCCCAGCGUCAGCAUCGAAUGAUCUCUCCGUCUUGGACAGUACGACAGGAAAUGGGCAAUCGGGACAGGGGAGUGGGUUCUCACAAUGGCAAAGCCCUUCACGGAUGAACAAUGACAUAUGGGGCGAUUUCCCCCCCUCUCAGCCGGCCACAAAAGCGCAAUCGACUAUUACACAGCAUGAUGAUAUUUGGAGUUCUUUUGAGGCCGCUCCACCACAAAGCAAGCCACCUACUCUGGAGACCUCGGCUUCAAGGAGACCGGACUAUGGAGCAAUUGCGACAAAAGACUUUGGGGGAAGUACGCGGCAAAGUGAGCCUAUAAUAAUGCGAAAGCCAACCCUUGAAAUCUUUUCCAGUAUCCUGGGAGAUGUUGAGCACUCUUCACCGAAACCUCCAGGAACGGGAAAUUUACCUCCUCCAAAACAGCCAGCGUCUAGGAAAAGCUCACAUGGUGAUGUGUUAUUUGAUGCUACCGAGGAGCUGUCCCCUCAAUUGGAGGAUGAUGAUGAGUUUGGAGAAUUUGAGACUGUGUCACCUGAAUCCUCCUUUCAACCAGCACUACCACCGCCAUCACAGUCCCUUAACACCAUGUUCAAUACCAUGACUCUCGAGACAAAGUCAGCAAAGGCUCCUGUGGACUUGUUAUCAAUAUCAACAAGUCAGGAUCAUCUACCGUACCCUCAAGCUCCGAAAUCAGCAUCUUUCAAAGAAAGAAAUCCGUUCGGGGAUCUGGGCCUGUCGACAAAGCAGGCAGCUAGCCGGAUUAAAGAGGAAGAUAAACCUAAAACAUCAUCUCCAGUUACCGCAUGGCCAACAUUCGAGCCUAACAGACCCAAGCCAAGCCCAUACAAAGACUCAUCUGGCCCAGCCGAUGACCUUGAUGACGAAUGGGGUGACUUUGCAGAUCUUCCUCCUGAGACACCCACUGUCACUCCGGUGGUGAAGGCCCCUUCUAGUAGUAAGGCAGACACAUGGGCUUGGGACGCUGUCGAUCAGGUUACGGAGCCCGCUCGUGUGCAGGUCGAUGUAGCUCCCCCGACAAACAUACCACCCCCUUCAGUAUUGCUUGCUCUCUUCCCAUCACUCUUCGAUCUUCCUCAGUCGACAUUGUUCAAACCCGUGGCAAACCAGUCAUUUUCUUUAAAGAACCGGAUCAUAUCUGAUCCUUCUACGAUUGACUUCUUACGUGCAUACCUUCUCAUUGCCGUAGUAGCUGCACGGAUUAUAGCUGGCCGAAAACUUCGCUGGAAACGUGACACUCUUCUUUCGCAAGCGAUGAAGAUUGGCCCUGCCGCCGCUGGUGGAAAGGGUGGCAUGAAGUUGGCCGGCGUUGACAAAGCCGAGGUCGCUCGAGAAGAUCGAGAAGCUGCAGAUGUAGUACGCAUAUGGAAAGAUCAACUUGGAAGGUUACGAUCAGCCGUCGCUGUAGCAAACUCGAGCAUGCGUGACUCGUCUCGGCAUUUGGCAAUCCCUGAUAUCAGCGAAGCCAUGCCUGUGAAAAGCCAACAAGGAGGUCUCACGGCGCCGAAACCAUGUCUUAUAUGCGGACUCAAAAGAGAGGAGAGAGUCAACAAGGUUGAUGUUGAUGUCGACGAUAGUUUUGGAGAAUGGUGGGUGGAUCACUGGGGCCACCGAGCCUGUAGAAACUUCUGGCUUGAGCACGAGUCCAAAUUGAAGAGUCGUUGA